GUCUUCCUAGUAGACUGGGCGCUAGCUGUGGGUGUUCACAAGAAUUGUCUUCAGUCAUGGUCUUGGGUUUAAGGUGCUCCCGCUUGGUCCACCCUGCCUUUUGCAACUUCCUUGCAGCCUUGACCAGACCUGUUUCAGAAGUUACGCUGAAGACAGUGAGUGGAAGACAGAAUGACCACGGGCAAUACCUGGCCUAUCCAGCUGUACCAAUCCGUCAUUUCGCUACCAAGAAAGCCAAAGCCAAAGGGAAAGGACAGUCCCAAACCAGAAUGAAUCUUAACACUGCCUUGGUUGAGGAUAUAAUCAGCUUGGAAGAGGUGGAUGAAGAAAUGAAGUCGGUGAUAGAAGCGCUCAAGGAUAAUUUCAAUAAGACUGUCAAUAUAAGGACCUCACCAGGAUCCCUUGAUCAUAUCACUGUGGUAACUGCUGAUGGGAAACUUGCUCUAAACCAGAUUGCCCAGAUCUCCAUGAAGUCGCCACAGCUGAUUUUGGUGAAUAUGGCCAGCUUCCCAGAGUGUACAGCUGCAGCCAUCAAGGCUAUAAGAGAAAGUGGAAUGAAUCUGAACCCAGAAGUGGAAGAGACGCUAAUUCGGGUACCCAUUCCCAAAGUAACCAGGGAGCACAGGGAAAUGCUGGUGAAACUGGCUAAACAGAACACCAACAAGGCCAAAGACUCUUUACGGAAGGUUCGUACCAACGCAAUGAAUAAGCUGAAGAAAUCGAAGGAUAAGGCCUCGGAGGACACCAUUAGGCUCAUAGAGAAACAGAUCAGCCAAAUGGCCGACGACAGAGUUGCAGAGCUGGACAGACAUCUGGCAGUGAAAACCAGAGAACUCCUUGGAUGAAAAUCCCCCAGGGGCCAGCAGUGCUCCCAAGCCCAGUUUCUAGUAGGUCCCAUGGGUGGCAAAUUGGCACCUCUCUACCCCAUCCACACGGAAGGCUGUCCCCACGCACUUGUCAGUCCUUGGAAGGCCCAGCCUUCCAGUGGGAUACUGUUGAUUCCCUUCCUCCUGUCCCCUGUCCACCCCAUCUGCUCUGGACCUUCUGGCCUGGGUGGCCCUCAGAGAGUCUCUGUUGCUGACAGAGGGCCUUUCCUCGGGCCAUUUGCCUUGACUGUGACAUCACCGAGCUGUCAGGACCAUUGGCAGGCUUGGCACUGCCUGCGCCUCACCUUGGUAGCCUCCUUUUCAAACAAUUAGUCAGGCCCUGUCCCCACCUUUGAACUCUGCUUGGGCCAAUGUGGGCCUUCACCUGUGCCUGGAUACCUUUGCUAGAGGCCCAUUUUCUAACCAAACAAUAAAAUCUAAAUAAAUUGAUUGGAAA